CCUUCCAUCAACCCACCAUCACCAUGCAUAUUCCCGACGUUCAGAAGCUGGCUACUGCAAGCCUGGCCCUUGCUAGCGCCACACUAAGCGGUGACACCGUCAUCAAAGGCAGCGUGCUCGACUUUGCCGUGGAGAAGUGCAUCGACAAGGACGGAAACACCCGGUGCUCCAAGCCUUUCCCUGUUAAGGUUGACGGCUGCUACAAGCUCGAGUGGUCGACUAACGGCGCGCUUUCUCAUACCACCGUGGAGGUUCGCGACGUGGGCAGCGGCGAGAUUGUCUACUAUCGGGAUACCAAUGGCGAGUGGAAGCCCAAGAAGGACGAGCUGGUGUACCUCGACUUUAAGCCCAAGAUUAUGGGGCAGGGCAACAAGACUGUUGAUUACGAGGUGAAGAACUGCGAGAAGGAUGAUGAGCUAUAAAUGGAAUGGUUGACUGCGUGGGUCAUGAAGUGCAAGAUUGAAGAAACAGCGGCUGGCAUAAUGGAUGCAACAUCGGCGAAUUUGGUAUCGGAACUGGACAAAGAAUGAUAUAUACGGACAAACAAUUGGUUACACUGAUGCCUAAUAAUUUUUUUAAUAUUUUCAGCACCACAUAGAGGCACCAGCCUGGUUUAUAAUUAGGCGGUAUACGCAGCG